AUGCAGUCGCCAACAUAUGACUUGUUGCCAGUGGGGAUUCACUGUCUAAAAGACACUGGUAAAGCGCCAAUGAUUGUGGUGAAUACCUGGGCUUUCCCUUCUGCAACAGAUGCUGCUUGGGCGGAACUCAUCAAGGCAGAAGCUCAAUACAAUUCGAAAAAGUCAACUUCAUCAACUGUUGAUAUUGAAGGCACUGUCAAAAGUGAAAUCCCAGCUAUCGACGCUGUGGUGGCCGGGUGCACGGCGGCAGAGGACGAUCUUAGCAUCACUUCAGUCGGCUACGGUGGCAAUCCAAGCGAACUGGGAAAUGUCACACUGGAUGCCAUGGUGAUGGAUGGUGAGACCAUGGAGGUAAGUCAGAAGGGGGAAAGAGAUAUUGUGCUUGGUGCUAUCUAA